AUGGAGAUUCAUCGUUGUCAAAAGUCCCCAUAUUUUAUUAUUGGCAUUGUCGGCAUCAUUAGCCUUAUCAUACUGGGUAAUGCUGCGGCAUGUGCUCAAGAAGGGAGUCAAGAACUUUCGCAAGUCGUCUUCAUCAGCUGUAACAGGCACGACAAGGACCAGGGGUAUUGGGAUUUGAUUGCGGCCGCUGUGGAUAAUAAGGAGCCCGUCCGAGAGGCGAAGAAUCCUCGCGGACGUGUCACUGGAAGCUGCGCUGCUGCUCCGCCUGUUGACGCCCUCGUGUGGCUGGGUGACGUUGUGUACGCCGACAAAUGCUCCUUUCUGAGAGGCUGCACGCCAAACAAGGAUGUGGAAGUUAUGCGGUCUAAGUUUGUGCAGCAGCGGAAUGCUCCAGAAUAUGUCGCCUUUCGCCACACCUGUGUGCGGAAGCGUGACGCUUCGCCUAAACAACAACAAGGGGAAAUGCGGCGAGUUAUUGGUGUAUGGGACGACCAUGAUAUGGGGAAAAACGAUGGUGGUUCAGAGUACACUGACAAGGAUGUCGUGCAGCAGUUCUUCCUUGACUUCCUUGGCGUUAAUGGCGAUGAUCCACGGAGGAAGCAGCGUGGUGUAUACAACUUUGAGACUGUCCCAUUCCGGGCAUUGGGAUUUGAUGCUUUUGGCGGUGGAGACAGUGAUCCUACUGCGUCUGCCGUGCUGAAUGAGCUACGGCGCUUGUACGAUAAUGCAGUGUGUUUUCUCCUCUUAGACGUACGCUACUUCCGUGACCCUGUGAAUGCCUCCCUCAGCGGAGACAUGCUAGGUGGGGAGCAGUGGGCGUGGCUCGAGCGGCGCCUCCGCGACGACAUCGCCGGCCAGAACCCCGCAACCGAUCGCGAGCGGUGCGCCGUGACGGUGGUCGGGGGCGGCGUGCAGCUCAUCAUGGACGAAAAGGUGAGUGAAAACUGGGGCGCCUUCCCGCGCUCACGUGAGCGACUCUUCGCGCUUCUGCGCCGCCACCACAGCGAGCGCGUUCUCUUUGUCACUGGUGACGUUCACCUUGGCGAGAUUGGGAUGGACGUUACCCGUGACGCCAUACAAACGCUUGGCUACCCCAUUGUCGAGGCAACAAGCUCGGGCCUCACGCACAGUGCAGCAAAGUUCAUUGGCCUGCCAACGCUUAUCAAGAUGGUGUUUCCCACCCCACGGCGCGUCGGCGUGUACGUUGAGCGUAACUUUGGAAUCAUAAAACUGGUAGCGGAUCCACGUGCCUUCGCUGCAUUAUCGACUGGAACAGAUAAAGAGCGAAGACACUACUUGGAGAAGCAUAUCAACGUGUCCAUCACAAUUCGAAGCAUUCCAAAACAAGGAAAAGAGGUCCUGAAGCUAAUGCUUCCACUGAGUGCCCUUACCUACACUUUCGGCUGCCAAUUUAUUCAAGCAAGCGUUGAUCCCAAUGGACAUGUUUUUCCGUUAAAAGCCCUUAUGGGGAAAACCUGUGAUGAGCUACAAGGAAGAAACGAAGGUGGGCGAACGUCAUCUUCGCCGCGUCCUUACCCCUCUAGUACACCUGCACCUAUCAUAACUUAUAUUAUGCGCAUUAUGCAGCGUCACGUGUGGCCGCAUCACACGCUGUUGGGAGUGCUCUUUGAGGUGGUGCAGACUGUGGUUGCGGUGGCGUUGGUGGCCAUGUUGACGAUGGGACUCUGUUAUUGCUGCUGGAGUGGCAGAAUGAAGGCGAAAAUAUCUUAA